AUGUCUAAUCCGGGGAUCAUCGCCACCAACAUAACCAAAAAGUUUCUCUCUGCGUGUAAAACUUUGGAAACGGGUGAAAUCGUGAAAGAUGGCUAUUUCACUCUGUUCGAGGCCGUCGGGGCUCUCGAGAUUGGUGAUCCCAAGAUGGACAGCGGCUGCUUAGCGCCCGGCGAAACUCUUGAGGAAACCUACGAUGUGAAUCGACAGCUAUCGGCCCCGGAGGUCCUGGGUAUCAUUGACCAGCUGCUUUGUCUCGAAAUGGCAUGGCAUUUGGGAUAUCCUCUUGCGCAAACUAUCCUCACCAGCGUCUAUAUCGAAGCUCUGGUGGAACCGGCGCCGGCUACGUUGCAGGAGGCAGACUUUGUGAGGAAUCGCAAGACGCCAAGGGAUCCUAUGACGACUGUUUUGAGGGCGUACUGUUUGGGACUGGUGAGGACUUGUGCGGAUGUGUUGGAGACGAUCAGGGAUGAGCUUUAUUACGAGGAAGAGGAUUUUGUCACCAACACCUACCGCCGCAACCUCAUGGAUCACAUUGACCGGUAUGAGAUCAGGGAUGAGAUCUUAUCAGCCAAACACACGCUCCAUGAACUUAGGGCAGAGAUCGGGACCGACAUCACACAGGCACUUUCAUUCCGCCUUGAGCUUAGGUCAGCCUUCCUUCGGGCUCUCGAACUCAUAGAGGAUCGCGGUAGCCCCGACUCUCUCCAGAUACCCUGGUGUCAGAUGCACAGCGUAUGGGAAGCCAUCCUCAAGCUCCCCGGUCUGGCAAAGGAGGUGCCCGAAGCAUUCAGCACCAAGCUUCAGCGGAAAUUGGCCAGUAGUAUGCCUCCUCGGCCGAUAGUAACGCUCAGCUUUGACGAAGCAGCGAAGCACUUCAAGAAGCUAUGCAGCGACGCCAUCGACGCCAUCAAGAUUCUGGAUUAUCACGACUCUCAGAGCCUUCUGAACUUCGUCUUCCACUACCAAGCCCAGAAACCUCAACCGCUGGUCUACAUCCGCUGUCUUCUCCAAAACCUCCUGUUCAAAGACAUGGUCCUCCUCGACCGGCUCAGCAUCCGCCAAGUCAUGGACGACGACCUCUCCAUCGCGGUCAUGCCCGCGCACGAGCUCCUGGACCCCAACAACGACCUCGUCGAAGCCCCCCACUCAGCCCGCUUCGCCAUCGCCCACCAGAUGGAACUCUUCCGCAAGCGCGCCGCCCAAGUCUACAUCGACAUUUUCCGCGUGCUAUGCCAGAACCGGUGUCGCGUUCGCCGCAUGCUCUGCCACUUGAUUCAGGACUGGGAGCAGGUCCAGCUCGACGCCGAAGACAUCGACCAGCUUCUGCAGAUCCAAAUCGACGAGAAGCCGCUAGCCUACCAGUCGCAGACCACGCUCACCACAGGUUCCGAACCAGGUUACUCCCUGCCUUUAUCUUCGUGGGCAUACCUCUACAAGCUUCGCUUAAUGGAGUGGAUAGUCCAGUUGGGCUUCGAGCUUGAGGUCUACGCUCCUGACGAGCUGGCAGGCAUGUACUGGUAUCUUUCCCACCUGGCCAAAACAAGAGCUCAGCAUGUGGAACGCAUCCAAGCGUUUACCAACCACCGGUUCAGCGAACUUCGCUCUUCCUCUUCUUCUACCUCUUCUACUUCCCCCUCUCCUUCCUCCUCGUCCAACCCGCCUCCUCCAUCUUCCUACACGAAACCUCCCAUCCCCGCCACCCCCUGGAUCCCCCCAACCCAACCCUACCACCCCCCGCGCGGCUGGCCCGUUUCCAUUUCCUCCUCCCUUUCUGACCCAUCCUCCACCUCCGGGGCUGGUACUACCGGAACAACAACCUACCACUACUCCACAACCCCCGAAGCAGCCUUCACUCGCUCCCUCACCUAUCUUAGAUCCACAAUCCUCGACGCAGCCAUAACCUGGGAAUUCGCAGACACCGUCUCGGUAAUCUACACCAUUCUCUCUCGGCUUUCCCUCGUAACUCCACCGCCCAGACCCUACGGCACAGAUGAACAGCGGUACGAAGUGCGCAUGAAGCCUUUUAAGGCGGUGAGUUUGCCGGAGGUACCUAGUUACCAGACGUGGAAGGGGCAUGCUUUGGGGAUUGGGACUGGUGGUGUCAAUGCCGGUGGUAAAGCAGGGAAGAGAGAAGGAGAAGAAGGAGAAGGAAAAGAAGGAAAAGAAGGUGGAGAAGAGAGACAAGGAGAAGAAAAGGGAGAAAAAGAAGGAGAAGAAAAAACAAGUCAUCUCUUAAAGUUCGCCCAGCAAGCAGUGGGACAAGCAAAGAAGGCCUUUGAGGUUUUGGAAGGCUUAGGAGAACGGGAGGCCUUCGCCGCCGGUGGUGGUGGUGGCGGUUUCUCUUCCUCUAUACCUUCCUCUGCACCUCCCACAGCAACAUCCGGAUCAACAGCGACAGCAGUAGGGGGCGCAGGAAGUGGUAAUACCAGGCAAGAAGAACCAGGAAAAGGAGGACACAAGCGAUGGAUGGAAAACGUAAGUCGGUAUCGACGCAGUGUGGAAAAAGCAGAGAGGAUCCUGAAAGAAGGAAUCAAGAAGGCGGUGGAGAUGGAUGCAGAGGGAAGGACGACGGAGGAAAUCAAGCAGGUGGUGAAGGUCAAGGUACCGAGGAGUGAGGAGGUGUGGGAGCAGGGCGGGCAUUGGUGGUGGAUUGUGCCUGAUGUAGAGGUUGUCGAGUCAACUUGAGGAGUGGGUAGGUGGUGGUGGUGAUGGUGGUGGUAACGAAAAGGAGAUAGAAUGGUUUGGGGUCACGGUGGUAUAGGGAAGGUAUGAGAUAAACGAUAGGCAAGGUGUGCAUGUGGAUGUUACACUAGACGAAGUGUGCGAACUGGAUCGAUAUCAAGAUUAUUCUUCUUUACCUUACUAUCUAACUUUAGAGACUGGUUAAAGCAAAGAUGUGUAAUCAAAAGGGAAAUGGAUGGAAUACUCAAUGCUAAAGUUUACAA